GGUGAUUACAUUUACAACUGCUAUGCAAGUUUUAAUUAUAUGGAUAAAGGCUAUAAGAUGGAUAUUUAGAAAUAACGGUGACAAAAUCCACGAUUUUUGAAAAAAUUGUAUAAAUUGAACAUUUUACGAUCCCCUAGAGAGUUCGAAUUUUACCGAGUUGAGUUGACUUUAGUACAGAAGCAUUGCAAGUCUGAAAUUAUGCUCAGUACAGAUUAGUUUCGAAUUCUGUCAUAUGAUGGGAUAAAGUAGUUACAAGCAAAUUUUCUACAACAAAACUGAACAUUUACAUCAUUUACCUUCUUACCGCAUUUUGUAUCCUGUACAUAACACCUGACCUCGUGGAUACAUUUUGCCUUCUGUUACUACUGACCUGCAAAAAAUUAGAAAACUCGUUAGCAUAUUUCUAACCUAGUUUUGUCUCUGACAAGGUUUUUAGGAUGCCUUAAUUGCAUGUCUAGGUCACUUUUCUCGCCCAUGAAAGAUGUUCCAUCAGACAGAAUGGCAGAAAGAGGGGAAAAUAAAUAAGAGACUCUUAUAAUUUUAUACUAGUUUGCGUGCUGUACAAUAUAAUAGAGUAUAAACAGGAAGAUUAGUAAAAUUUUACUAGGAAAAAAAAACGAAUUAGCUAACGACAUUUCGAGCUUAGCCUGUUAUUUUAUUGUUCGUUGGUCAACCAAAAAUAAACUCAUAUUUUUCAACAUAUACCGAUGACACGCGUUAGUAAUGAAUUAGGCACAUGCUGGACAUAAGAUUGGACCAAUAUCUAACUACGUCCCUUUACAACUUCCAAACACACCCACUCUAGCAAUCCCUUUCGGCACUACUGUCUGGUAUACUUAAGAACAAAAACUUCAUCAAAGUGUCCAACGUGGAAUACAAUUUUACUGUAUGAACACUAUGUAUUUUAUGCCUAAAAUGGGUUCUUUUUUACAAUAACCAGGAUGCUUUUAUUGAGUUCCUUUGAAGAAAAUUUGAAAAAUGCAUAAUGUGACAGAUGCAAAUCGCUUGAGAAAUUAUUUGUCAAAUUUAUGACACGUUUAUGGCUCGUGACUUGCUACGUGUAAAUAAUGUCACUGUAAAUGAAAGAAAUAUGGGCAAUAAUUAUGGGCAAUAAGGACUAGACAUUGUGGUAGGAUGAGGCAGGCAUUAGAACAGUAAUACAUUCGUUAUUGCCUUAAAAUUUGUAACAAAUGAGGGUCAUAUAUAUUUGUUAAUUCUGAAAAAGAUCUAUUGCACUUUAAAUGCAACUGUAACUGCAAAGGCAUGGCGGGCUGCUAAAUUGAGCUCGUAAGUUAAAACGUUGGAAUCUUUUUUAAGCCGAAAUAUUUUUGUUAUGUAAGCACAUCUUGGAGAAAGUCAUCUUGCGUAAUUUUUCUUCUUUCAAUUUAUUGUGCCUAAUAUUCGAUUUUUUAGUUCAAAAUUACGGCCAGUGGUGACCGCCAAUAGCUUUAAUUUAGCAGCUAAAUUUGGAAAAGGCUAAUUAAUAAUGUAUAUCUAGUAUAAGCGUAAGCGUAUAAAACCACCUGUAGUUUGCAGAAAAUCGGAUAACCUUAUGAUCUUAUGUGCGGCAGCUCGAGCUCAUUGUCUGCUGAACAGAUCUUGGUAGCUCACAUUGGAAAUGCCGAAAGAUAGCAGGAUGUUAUGAAUUUUUUGGCUCGGACUAAAAAUAACAAUGCAGACAAGAUAACUGAUAUGUCAGUAUGAUUCAUAAUGACAGAUUACGCGCGCAAAACAUGCUCCAGUUAAACUCGGUUUCGUAGUAUUGACAUAGCAGCUAUAUUCAGCUCAUCGAUAGUGUAGCAAGUUAACAGCCUUAUCUAUUAAAGUUAGAUUGAAGGACAGAAUACGUUUUUGCGCUAGCAGAUGGUUGCCAGUUGACGUCAAAGAUUAUAUAAAGUGCAUUUGAUCGAAAAUAGCUGCAACUCUUAAGGUUUGGCUUUUGCAAAAAAGUCCUGCAGAGCAAAUUAAAGGGGAAGUGUCGAGUUCUUAUAAUAAGAAGCAUUGGAUGCACCUAAAGGUAAGAGCGUUAUAAAUUUAUGGGUAUUCGGAAAUAAUAAAAGUUGUAAACUGGAAUCAAGGGUCCAGAUACUUUAUGAAAUACCUUCAUAACUUGCAUCACUGAGAAAUUACAAUUAGAAGACUGAUUUAUCUUGACUCGCUUGAAAAACAUAACUUAUAGAAUUAAAAGCAAAAACAAUUGAUAAUUGAUUGUCAAGGGAUUUUUCUGGGCCCUUUAAGUCCAAAGUAUACUUUUUUGCAAUUAGUUAAAUCAAGGUUUCUUAACCUUCAAUGCUUUUUAAAUUACAGUUUCAAUUUUUGAUGCCUGUAGAAAGUUUUUUGCUCUGCGUCACUAUUGCUUAAAAUUUGUCAAGAAAUAGGGCAUAAAAUAGCUGGGAUUCAUAAGUGAUACAGAAUUUGAAAUGUACACUUGAUGGAGUUUAUAAUUGGACGUGCAGAUCAACUACUUUAGACUCACAAAGGUGAAGAAUACAUAUUCAUUUUCAUAUACUCAAAACCUUCACAGAAAUAUGUGUUUUCCUGUAUUCUGUAUCUUAAAGCAUUGUGAUGCUUUGCAGCCAGUUUUUGAAAUUCUAGCCGGUGUGCAUUAGAAAAAGGAAAGAGUUUUUUCCAACAUCUUUUUGGAUGGUUGUCCAAUUUGGAAUAUCAUUUGAAAAAGAAUAUAACGAGCUUCAUUAUACUUAUUUUGCACUUAACUUCUCAUAUUUGCAUUAGUUUAGAAGAAACAGGAAAAGUGACGAAAGAUCAAUAAGAACAUCUUCUGCUACUUCUGUUUCAAAUACUGAGAUCUAGCCACUCUUAUUGCGAUCUGGUUAUUAACAUUGUGGUUUGGCUAUUACUAUUAAGGUCUUCUUACAAAAAAAUGAGAUCCAGUGGCUAGCAUUGAGAUCUAACACCUAAAAUCUAAGCUUUGUUAUAAAUAUGGAGAUCCAGUGACUAGUAUUGCGAUCUAGCUACUAAUAUUGCAAUAAUAUUGAGUCCUAGCUAUCAAUAUCAAGAUUAACCUGCUAGCAUUGAGAUAUUUUUACAAAUAUUGAGAUCCAGUCACUAGUUUUGAUACCUAGCUACUAAUAUUGAGGUCUAAUUAUCAAUAUUGAGAUCCAGUCAAUAGUUUUGAAACCUAGCCAAUAAUAACGAGGUCUAGCAAUUAUUAUUGAGAUUUAACUGCUAACAUGGAGGUCUUGUUACAAAUAUUGAAAUCAAGUCCAGUAAUUGGUAUUGAAAUCUAGCUAUUCACAUUGAAAUUUGGAUGUUAAUGAUGACUAUUGUCCACCCUCAAACAAUAUGCAAUACGCAGUAUGAAGCAAUAUGCAAAAAUAUAUUCCAAAAAUCUGCAUCGAUAUCAAUGAACCUACAGCUCGUAAAACUGCUCUUUUGAAAACAAUCCUCCAUCAUUGUUUCAUAGAAUCCCCCGGGGUAAAAAAUUGAAUCAAUAGCUAUUUUAUAGCAAAAUAUAUAAUAUAUUUAAUAUGCAGUGGCGAUGAAAAGUUGCACUUUUGAAAUUGCCAGACAAAGACUCAGACAUAAAUUGUGAGUAACUCCCUAAAAUGGAAAACAUUGUACAAAAAGCUCCAUCUGUAUUUUCCAUCAAAUCAAAACAGUGAGAUUAGGAUCGCAGCAUAAGCGAUCCUAACAGCAGUGUUAGAAAAUAUUUCUAGUACUGACAACUUUUGCAAGAGCCGCUUUUACUUUAGCUUUUGAAAAAUGCAGUCAACAUCAUCAUCGAUUUUGAUCUACUCUUCUUUAAAGCAUUUAGCAAAUUGAAUUUUGACAGUAAAAACUAAAUAGGAAUUAAACUUAGAAGCAAACAACUUCAAGAGCAGAUCUCUAGUAAUCUUGUAUAGCAAUAACAUUAGAGUUAGCAAUGAUUAAGACUAACGACCAACCAUAGGAGCAAGCAAGGUUUCUUGCCCACAAAUUAACAUUAAAGGCGAGUUUCAAAAUAUGAACCGAAAAUGGAUUAACAUUUCUUGAUUCUAAUGUUUUUAGUCCUAUCUGCUUCUUCUAAGAGAUUAUUGUUAUUACUAAACAAGCAAAUCAGGAAAGCCUAUGUCGAGCUAUGGUCACGUGGACAAGAGAGAUUCCACGUUAUCGUAAACCAUUAACUCCUAAGAUAGCAUUGGCAAUUCCAAUUGCAGUUAGUGAGUUUGUGCUGACUUCACCAAGAAGUUAAUUGCAACAAGGUCAAUCAUAUCAAAACACUUCGAGAUACGAACAUUUAUCAAAUGGUACAAAACUGGUGGUAUAAACUUAAACAAAUUCAACCUAGGCCGCUGGAUUUCGGCAUUUAACAUUAUCCAACACUUUCGGAUAACAUAUGUUUUAUCCGUCUGGCUAUCAUAUACUGCUUGAAGACAUUUGAAGAUGUUUGAAAAUGUUUUACGAAAUUUUAUUUCCAUCAAACAAUUCGUAAAACAUCCCCUUUGUUCUCAUGCUUGAUCAACAAUGUUGCGCUCGUUUGGCCCCCUCAUAGAACAGUUGUUUGAAUCUCGCACGCGCAGACAGUUAAAAGUCGGUAAUUAUAUGUGUGUGACUGGGUCCUUUUUAUUAAACAAUUAAAUCAGGUUGUAACAUAGGGACAAAAAGGAUUUAAUUUCAUUCCAGCAUUUUAACAUCAAAAAUGCCAUGGGCUCACAUGUCUGAUGUCUCGUGGCUGUUAUAGCUGUCAAACUCUUUCUUAAUUCAUCUUUCUUAAGUACAUGUUUGUCUAUUCUGGUCAUAGUUCUUAGGUUCGAUUAAGUCAAGGUUGUUGAAAAUUAAAUGUGACAAGAAUGAUCUCUUGCGAUUAUUGAAUUGGCAAAGACAAAGUAAAUGCAUUUUAGUAGCCCAUCUUGCCAAUUUGUUUUAGUGUUCUUAUUGAAACGACGUUGUUGUCUCGUAUUUGCUGAGAAAUAUAUAAGAAGUAAUAAACCUUUUCAGAAAUAUAUUCUAUUUUUAUAAGAACCAGGAACUUGAGGCUCAGGCUGGAUCUUCUUUUUUUAAAGAUUGAGGCUUGAUCUUUCUUUAUUUGUCCUAAAUUUACUAAAGAGAUAACAUCUUACUGCAAAUAAAUUUUGAAUGUGUAUAACACAAGGAUUGGUUUUGUAAUGACCUUAGCAAAAAAUUAAACCAGUAAUUAAUGUAAUAUCAUCAGUAACAAUGUUCUUAAAUUCUUACAUUCUAAGGCAUUCAGUUUCAGCUUGUUCUUAACUUGCCCUUGACAAAAUUUAAUGCUUGGAUUCUUAGAAAAUCGCUCUUAUAAAAGAAGUGUGUACAAUACAAGUUAGAUGCUUCCUAUAACUUUUGGGUGAGUUGACUGGCAUUGAUUUAUAAGAACUAGCUUAUAUGCCUGUUUUGUCUUAAAUACUUAAUAUUGAUCUACAUGAUAGAGUUGAUAUCUUUUUUUAUAACACAGAAAUCAAUUUCUGGAUGAUGGUGCCAAUUGAGCGGCAGUGGGAUUACCCAGACCUCUCUAGGUCACUACGGUUGGCAGGCGGUAUUACGCUUCUUAUAUCAGAGCUAAUAGGCAUAGUUGGAAACACGUUUGUUCUUAUUAUCAUCGCUAGAGUCUUGCAGCAUCGUAAAAGCAUUCCAAAUAUACUGAUCCUCUUACUGACUAUACUUGAUUUAGCAAGCCUGCCACUGACAUACACCCAGGCACUUCUAAGCUACGCCAACGCGGAAUACAUUGGUGGCCAAACAGCAUGCGAUUACCACAGCACAAUAAUCACAUUUUGUAAAUACGCCUCAAUACUUGUCAUAUCUCUAAUAAGUCUGGAUCGUUUCAUUGCAAUGUCAUAUCCAUUCUGUUAUAAAGACCAUCUGCUAUACGAUGAAACACGAAAAUAUAGACUAGCUGCAUUGCUAUUACCGCUGUUUGCAGUAACUGGCAUCGUCAGCAUGCUACCAUUACUUGGCAUGAGUCGUAAUGUGCUGCAAUACCCUGGAAGCUAUUGCUUAUUUGAUAUUCGUCACAACACAACCUUAUCAGCAGUUCUACUAGGAAUGCAUAUUUGCUUUUUGGGGAUUAUAAUAAUGCUUGUAGUGGCUACAAAUAUUGGAGUUUGCUUGCAAGCGCAAAGACUGAUUCAAAAGAUAAAACCUUCGCUUAGAGUCUCAAAGAGAGAAGAAAAAACCUUGCAGGAUACCUCUUCAGAUUAUAAACAAAGAAAGUCAUACAAAAGACUAAGCCCAAAACAAGAGAAGAAACUACUUAGAACUAGUAUCGUGGCAACUGGACUGUUUCUAGCUUGCUGGCUACCAUUUUUGGUUCGAAUGUUAUUGGCAAUCAGCGGCGUUCCAUUUUCAGAAGGACUCGAUUUUUUCUCAGCUAGGCUAGCUUCCCUUCAAAGUGUCAUUAACCCAUGGCUCUACCCCCUCACAAGACGGCAAUACCGCUAUGGAUUUUGGUUUCUAUCAAGAAAGGCGAUUCACUUGGCAACAUUUGGUCUCCUUAAAGAGCCGAAUACGACUCUUGAUGAUAUAAUUGACGCUAGAUCAAACAGAAAAGAGGCGAUGCGAUUCUAUGAGGAAGAAAGGAAAAAGAAGAUUUCAAAAGCAGAAGAAACUCAAACCACAGAGAAUAUUGAACUUACAGACACCACGUUGCAGCCGAAGGUUGCUGCAUUAGACCAAAAGCCUAAUAAGGCAAGGUCUGUAUCUUUCAACAUAAGUGAGGAAAAUGCGAAUAUUAAUCAGGACAGCGAAAGCGCUGUCAGUGACUGAAGAAUGUUUUUAGAUUUGACCAGGGCGGUUCUAAUCGGAACCGGAGCAUAUCUGCCUAACAUUGGCGUAGCGUCUAUUUAUGCUACACAAGCCGUGCAAGCGUAAGAAAAUUAAAAAUUUUCAGCUUGUAAUGUGAAUAUAUAUUUCAACUUUUAAUGUAUGGGUGCUAAAUAAUAACUAUACAAAAUACUGUCGUUUGUCAUCAUUUUUGCAAUCCCUCCAGGCAAAGCCAAUUUUCUAUUUGGCAGUUCAGUAACAUUCCGAAAUCGUAAUCCAUGCAAUGAAAACAAAUCAAAUAUUAAAUCCUUCUAGGCCAGCUUUCUUGUUACCUAGUUUUGUCAUUGAGUAACAAAUAGAAAACCUUUUGUAGAUCUUCGAAUUUUACUUCGACGGGACACUUUGAUGAGAACAGUAAAAAUUUCGGACUGGAACAUGCGGCUGACCAGAUUGCAAUCAUUCCUGAUUUUUCAAAAAUCCAAAGCUCUUUAUAGUCCC